UAAUUUUACCUAAUUUUCUCAUUCACAGAAAACGUUGGAGAUUGAUUUCCUUGAGUGACAAAACUUUGCUCUGGGCGGGGAGGGGAAAUGGAAGAAUUACGAAAACUAGAAAAGGUACAGAGGAUGCUGGAGUUCAUGGAAUCACGAGGAGUUUCAAACUCCAAUCAUCACUCUAAUCGCUUCCUCGCUAAUUUCAUUAUCUUCAUGAUCCAACCCUGCGGAGAUCUUGCCAUCAACGACAAGUGCUCCGUACUUUCCCUUUUUAUUCCCACUCUCUCAUCUUCGUUCCUCGAGGACGCGUAUCAACACCAUCAUUUCACCACCACCAGUGAACAAAGUUCUGGGCGGACGUUCUUUUUUCAUGAAGAUAGGAUCCCGAAAUUUCCCCUGUAUUGGACACAAAAUCCACUAAAAUUUACCUCGUGGCCAGAGGAUAAGAUGACUGUUGGAGAACUGGAAGCUUUGAGUGUGUUGACGACACUGUCUCGCCCCUUUUCUUCCCAUCAAAUCAUAAAUUGGCUUGAACACGAUGACUUCAACUCAAGGGUGUUCGAGAUCAUGGGGAAAAAGGGACCAGUCCGUAAUUGGUUCAAAGCCAUUGACAAUGGUAAAGCGGGCAUCGGGCGUCCAGGCCAAUCUUCAGGGACCACUCAACCUCCCCUACCUCCUCCAAAUGUGCGGUCGUCCUCCCCCGAUGAAGUGGCAAUCGUCGAGGAACAGCCGCUCAUAAGGAAACGGAGGGGUAAGGCUGUUGACAAAACGGGCGCUGGUCCAAAGAGAAUGAAGGAAGUCGACGAGGGGACGAAUCGUCCUCUUCCUAAUGGCAUGUGGGAUCCAUCUUUCAAUCUUAGCCAUAAGAUUGAUUUUAACCUGGACGACUCUGAGAAGAAGGUUGUGGAAAGCAUGACUGAACAACAAAUGGCCGAUGCGAUGCUGGAACUAGCGAGUCGAGCAGCUAUGGCCGCUUGGCACAUGGCGUACGCAUCCGAUAGGGGCGUUCUGAGGGUCGAGUUGCAGAAGGCGCAGACCCAGCUAAAGGAACUGGCGGACGUCCACUCUAACUGCGAACAGAGGCAAAAGCAAUCUGAGCAGUUGUUGAGUGAGGCUCAAGCGCUGUUGAAUAAUGUUCAGACAGCCGGAUUUGCGAUGAAAAGAGAACGGGAUCAGUUGCAGAGAGAACGGGACCAGUUGGCAACUGAGUUAGAACAGUCAACGAAAACCGUGGCUGCUUUAACUAAAGAAAGGGAUGGUCUACUUCUUGCUGCUGCCGAGGAGCAAGAAAUAAGAGAGGAGAUGAGCGAAGCAAUAGUUGUGGAACAUACUAGAGGGUUCAAGAAGGGUCGCGCAUCUCCUUCAAGUGUCCAUUGAGGGAGUGGAAUUUGAUCUGAGGAAGGAUGUAUACGAAGGUCAAUUGGUGCCUUUAGAUGAGAUCCCGGAUGACGCAUUCAUGGAACCUGAAGAAGGUGUUGAUGCUGGAGUAGCUGCUGCUGAGGGACCUAAUGCCGAAGCUACCGGAGGGCCUGUUGGGUCACCAGAUGUUGUAAUAGAUUAGGCUGUAAUGUGUUGGCGUGGCCAUGAACUCCUUGUAUUUAUUUAUUUGUUAGGAACAAACUUUAUAUGCGUAGGAUUUGGUUAA